AUGUCUACUGCUGAGAGUCAUGAUUAUCAUAGACAUGUUCAUUCUCCGGAGCUGUCGCCUCAUAGAUACCAGCACGGAGAAGACACUGGACCGGAAGCUGGCGAGAAUGCUACUGCAGCUCCUAACUUUGUUAAUAGUUUCUGGGGCCCUAACGAUGCUGGCUACAAGGUGAUUCACCGUAAGAUUAAAGAUGCCAUUACUACCUUGAAUGAGUUGGUGACGUAUUUCGAAGAGAGGUUAAGAGUGGAGAUGGAGUACUCCAAGAAAUUGGAUAAGUUAAAUAAUAAAAUCGAAAUUGGGACCAAGGAAUCUGGCCAAUUGAAAGCUCUGUUGGUUCAAUUCCAAGUGGAGAAUAUCAACAUGGUUAAAAUGAAUCAAGCCAAAUUUGUUGAUAAUAUUAAAAUCCAUAACUAUGAGAAAUUGGUUGAUUUCUCCAAGUUAUACCUGAGAGCUACUUCCAAAGUCUUUCAUCAUAUGAAUAAACUUUCGCUGCAAAAGAAAGAGUGUUCCAAGAACGUUAAAGCUGCCCAAUCAAAAUAUGCUACUGAAUGCAACCAGAUUCGCUCUACUCAGUUAAUGAUUCAAACAACUUGGGGGAAGGAACAAGAGAAGCACCAAAAACAAUUGAUAAAAAUAACUUCCAAUAUUAAACAGUCGGAAAAAGCUUAUCAACAUGAACUAAAUCGGUAUAAAGAAAUUAAUGACAUUUGGAUAAGAGAUUGGUCAAUUGCCUUGAAAGACAUUUACACAUUGGAGGUUGAACGUCUUCAAGUUUGCAAAAUCGUAUGUUUCAAUUUCUUAAAUAACAUUGCAACUUUAUGUGUUGAUAAUGAUCAAACACUUGAUAUUUCAAGGUCUGGAUUUGCUAAAACACUGCCUUCAGAAGGUAUUGCUCAAUUUAUAAGUGAAAAUGGCACUGGGAAUAAAAUCCCCAGAGAAUUGGAAUUUAUUGAUUAUUAUAAUGGCUAUGAUCAAGAUAGUAAUCCCAAUACUAAUAGUUAUGCUAUUGCUAAGUUUGAAGACCCUGACCAAUCUGCUGUCUUAGCUAAAACUUAUUCAAUGUAUUCACAUCCUUCGCCAAAUAAAGUUCAAAAAGAACAGCCAGAAUCAAAAUCUCCGCAAAGAACAAACCAACAUCCACCGUCAUCUCCGCACAGAACUCCACACAGAACUCAGCAGAUGACUAAUAUACCCCAACCUCCAGUCCAGUAUCAACCUUACAAACCCAAAAGCAUCACUUCAACAACAACUACUACUACUACAACUUUGAAAGAUUCUCCUUUACCAAAACUUGAUCAUGGAUCGAGAUCUCCUCGUACACUCACUCAUGUAGACUUCAAACCAAAGCAACCAACAAUGAAGAGUGAAGCUGAUUACGAACAAAAGCUUCGAGAAAUGGGUAAGACUACAAACCAACCUGUACGUUUUGCAUUAAAUAAAAAAUCUGAUAUUCCCCAUUUUCCUGCUCCCAAACCUUCAAGAGUCAAUGACUAUAAUGGCACCCGUUCUCAUGAUAGUGCAGAUGUAUUUUCCAAUAUGGAAGAUCCUUUGAAUGACUCAGGUGGAUCCCAACCAACUAACUAUACAUCCGGUACUCAAAAUUCUGGAUCAAGUGAAGUGAAAGUGGUUGAUAAGAUACCCUUGAAUGACAAUUUGAAGUCUAAUGGACCCCAACUAGACCAUUCAACAAGAAGCAGACCCAGACUGAAUUAUUCUACUGGGUCAGGCGGUGAAAGAACGUGGAGUUCACCUCGUCGUAGAGCUAGUUACAUUUCUCUGGUCCAAGACGACUUAGAUUCAAAGUACAGAGCACAAUUGAAAAGUUCUAAGAUUGAUAUGUCCACUAGUAAUGCAGCUUCAGCAGCAGCAACUGCUCAAGCUCAGACUAGAAUAAGAGAAGCAGCUGAUAAACUACAAAAGUUUGAAAAGCCACCUGUUGCACUUGCUGAUACAGUUACUGCUACAACGACAAAUAAAUCUCCACAACGAGUUCCCAUAAUGAAAGAUUUCUCCAUUGAUUUUAUUGCCAAAGCCUUGGAAGAUCUUAGUACUGGGGGGAAUGGUGAUAUCACAAGAUAUAGACGGUCAGUACGUCGUGCAAAUGAAGAGAAGCUUGAUCGUGAUGAAAAAAGAAAGGCGGAAGCCAGUCCUCGUCCUAGACCUAAAUCUUUGCCUCCACCUUCACAAAGAGAUACAAGACUUUAUGAGUCUGUGGAAAACUUGGAAUCUAUAAACUCCAAAUUCCCUCCAUCAGAUUUCAUUAACGAUAGUAAUGAAGUGGCUAUAAGGUACGGGUCUUUGAGGUUUAAAUCACCUGCUAGAUUUGAAGAUCAAGAAGAAGAGCCAAUUACAAUUAAUUUAGCAACAGCGGCGGCGGCAAACCCACAAGGUUCACCCAUUCAAAAAUUCCGUACUCUUGCACCUCCAGCUUCCAAUCGUCAAAAAUCACUUCUGCAAACAACUACUAAAUCAUAUACUGAUUUGCAUGCCCUUGUUGGAACCACAACUAAAAAGCUAACCCCCCAUUCUGGUCAAGAAUAUAUAACCAAAGCAAAGGCUCGAUACGGUUAUAAACCUCAAGAAUCUCAAGAGAUAUUCUUCAAGAAAGGAUGGCAGUUUUACAUUAUUCAUAAACAAGAAGAUAAUUGGUUCUUCUGUGAACUAGGUCCUAAUGCUGGGGAUCGUCAAGGCUUAGUAGGAUUAGUUCCUGGGAAUUAUUUGAUAGAAGGAGAUGAUUUGUUUUAG